AUGGACGAGACUGGGAUCCAGGAGGGUGUCGGCUUGAAGGAGAGAGUACUCGGACCUGCCGGACAGAAGGUCCAGUACCAACAACGCAGUGGUGAGCGAGAGAACAUCACUGUCGUUGUUACGAUCUGCGCCGAUGGUACCUCGAUUCCGCCUGCCGUAAUCUUCAAGGGACAGGCCUUUCACACGAAGUGGAAGCAGAACAACCCGCUCAAGGCCGUCCUUGGUCAUUCGCCAAAGGGCUAUGUAGAUGGCGAGAUCGGGAUUGAGUGGAUCAAACACUUCGACAAGCACACGAAGGAGAAAGCUGCAGGGAGACGUCGCCUCCUCCUCGUAGAUGGUCACGCAUCACACUACACCUUUGGGUUCCUCGAUUACGCC